AAAUUAAGGCUUCAGCUCGCGCGAGACCUCAGCUUUCACUCGAGUGAGUGCGAGUCCAUCGCCGGAGAGAGAGAGCGAGAGAGCACGCAAUCGAGUUAAACAAGCUCUGUCUCUUGGUUCUCUGUCCACGGCGGGAGAGUGUGAGAGAUGGGCAGGCAGCCGUGCUGCGAGAAGAUCGGUAUCAAGAAGGGGCCGUGGACCGCGGAGGAGGACCAGAAGCUGGUCACCUUCCUCCUGUCUCACGGCCAUUGCUGCUGGCGGCUCGUCCCCAAGCUCGCGGGGCUGCUGAGGUGCGGGAAGAGCUGCCGGCUGCGGUGGACCAACUACCUGAGGCCGGACCUCAAGCGCGGCCUCCUCUCGGAGGAGGAAGAGGCGCUGGUCAUCGACCUCCACGCGCAGCUCGGCAACCGGUGGUCCAAGAUCGCGGCGCGGCUGCCGGGGAGGACGGACAACGAGAUCAAGAACCACUGGAACACCCACAUCAAGAAGAAGCUCAAGAAGAUGGGCAUCGACCCCGUCACCCACGGGCCGCUCGCUCCGGCCACUCAACCUCUGGCGCUGGCGCUGGCGCAGCAGCGCGAUCCUCCGCAGGUGGUGCGAGAAGAGGAACGUUGCGACGACGACCCCAGCAAGCAGGCAUCGUCGCAAGGGCUGGCGGCGGUCGCCGACGAGGACGACGACGUGGAGGAGACGCCGGCGAGCGCCGCCCAGCCGCACGGCGCGACGACCACCUCCCCUGCUUCCGCAGCGGCUGGAUCCGUCUCGCCGUCCUGCUCCUCCUCGGCCUCCGGCGCGGACGCGGACGCGGACGCGGCCGCCUGGCCCGGCCCCAUCGACCUCUUCCUCGAAGUGGACGGCAUCAUGGACAUGGACUGGGCGGGCAUCCUUUCGGGCUGCGGCGAUGACGACGCCGCCGACAUAAGCGGCGUCGAUCUUUUCGACCAUUACGCAGGCGAUGGCUUUGAUGAACAAGUCUGGAUGUGAUGCAUGCUCUUCCUGCAGGUAGCAGUGAGUACACUGGGCGGUAGGAUGGUUAGAACUGUGUUGUUACUGGUGAUCGUAUCUCUGCUCUUGCGUUUGCGUGUCCAGUUGCCUCUCUUGUUUUCUUUGGUUUCUUGGGUCAAUUCAAGUUCGCCCGCGUCCAUGCAUGCAUGGUUGCUGGUAUGGGGGAGAGGCACGGCCUGGUUUGUGUGGUACGUUCUUCGUGAAGAUUGAGGAAUGAAUUGUGAUUGCG